AUGGCUCAUGUCACUUCAGACCAGGUGGUACAAUUUUCAAUGGAAGAAGUCCAAUCAACGAAGUAUCGCGCUUCUCAUUCGUUGUUGGGCAGGGUUUUCAUUUCUAAUAGGAUCUCUAUGACAGAGUUGAGAGAUUCGGUGAUCACUCCUUGGCUCAUCCAAGGGCGACUCGGGGUGGUGCUGGCUAAGCACGGUUUGGUGGAGUUCAUGCUCCCAAGCAAAGAGGCCAAGAUUUGGGUGCUUAAACGCACCCCCUGGGUUAUAAAUGACCAGAUCAUCCAUCUCCGGCCAUGGACUCUUGCUAUCACUAAGCAAACAUUUGAUGAUCUUGCAAUUGCCCCAUUCCCGAUCCAAUUGUGGGAUGUUGAAGAAGACUGUUGCACGCAGCAGUUUGGAAGAAAAAUGGUGAGUGCUAAGAUCGGGAAAGUGUUGGAAACAAGUGUUUUCGCCUGUCAAGAUACUGGGUCCUGGUUUGUGAAAGUCAAAGUGUUAGUUGACUUUACCAAACCCCUUCGUUCCCAGAUCAUGGCCACUAAUGAUGACACAGGGUGCUUCUGGGUUAGCUUAAAAUACGAGUACCUACCAAGCUUCUGCUACAAGUGUGGUAGGGUGAGUCAUUCACUCCGCGCCUGUACCUUUGAUCCUCCUGCACGAAAAGAAAAGUGUGGUCCUCAUAUGGCCACUAGGAAGCUGGGGACCCGUAUUUACGAUACGGAGGAGAGCAAUCUCGUCUUCCCGAGAGGCGCCAACACGGUUUGGAUUAAGAAAUCCUACCGGGACCCAAAAGGAAGAAAGGAUGAAAGUAGUUUUGCUCAUGGUGGGGAGAUACAGGAGCCGACUCUCCAAUCCCAGCCUCGACAACAUCCAGUACCUCCAAGGAAGGUUGCUCUUCCUGCUCCGAUGGGGUCUCAACGCAGACAGAGCCCUCGCGGCUUCCGGGUGACGCGGUCGCCUAAUCUCAUGGUUGGUCGGGCUGCGCGUCCGACCCAUGCUCAGAAUGAGAAUUUUGAUAGGGUUCAUACCAUCACUCGGAGUAAUGAGCGGAGCAAAGAAGGAGAUAGGGAACUGCAGGGGAGGAAGGAGAGAGAUGGGGAACGGCAGGGGCGGCAUAGCCAGUAG